GUGUGGGGGGAGCAGGAAAAUCUCUCCCUUUCUUUUUAGGUAAAUCUUCAAACUAGUCCCACAGUGAUUACUACCAAUUAAAAAUAUUGUGGAUUUCUUUUUUUUUUUUUCAUCUCAUAGUAAUGUAAAUUUAUCGAUGAUCAACAGAGAACUUGGAGCCUGUUAUACAGUUCGUUUCUACGCACAUAGACCUCACCCUUGUGCUGAAGAAGACAAACAGGUGCUGAUAUAUUUCAUAUUGCUGAGUCUUCCAGCAACAAAUGAAGAACAUGUAUCUCUUCCUCCUUUCCAUUUUAUAUUUGCUUUUGAAAACCAUUGGCACCAAAGAGGUUAUAUUUGGUCAUAAGCAUUUCAUUGAGUAUGAGGUGGGCAACAUGAACCUGAUUCUCUCUGUCCCUCAUGGUGGGUCAAUGGAACCCAAAGACAUACCUGAUCGAGAAGCUGCCUGUUGGGAUGCAAAGACAUCCUCUUGCAUUUUCUCUCACGAGUGUCCUGCUGGAAGUAUUCAAAAUUACAAGAAAUGCAAAGUGUCUACCAGCCAAGACAGGUAUACUAUAGAGGUGGCUCAGGCUCUUGCAGAAGAAAUCAACGAAAUUACUGGUGGCUUCUUCCCACAUAUCAUUAUAAACAACCUGCAGAGAUUCAAGAUGGAUGCUAAUAGGGAAAAGGAAGAAGCUUGCUUUGGAAUUCCCCAAGCAGAACAGGCCUGGGAGGAGUAUAUGGGAUUUUUGACCACUGCAAAGUCACAGAUGACAGGGGGCCUGAUUCUGGAUAUCCAUGGACAAGCACAUCCUGAACGAUGGAUAGAACUAGGUUACACACUUUCAAAAAAAUCUCUUAAUUCAGGUGUCUUUUCUGCAUCAUGUUCCUCAGUCAGCCAUCUGGCCAGUCAGCUAGUCAAUGUGUCUUCUGAGACUUUGGUUGCAGGUAACAGAAGUUUGGGUAAAUAUAUAGAAGAACAAAAUAACAGUUAUGUUUGUGUGCCUUCUCCAUCCAAUCCUAGCCCAAAUAAUGGGAGCUAUUAUAGUGGUGGAUACAUAACAAAGACUUUUGGUUCCGGUAGUUCUGGCACCGUUGAUGCCAUUCAGCUUGAGCUGCCCCAGUGGGUGAGGGCAGCUGAAGAACGUCCCAAGUUUUGUAAAGCACUAGCAAGGGCUGUAAUGAAAUUCUGGAAAACUAACUACUGCAGCCAGCUCAACCAUGAAUUCCUGCCAUGCUGAGAGAAGAUGCUGCUGCUGCUUUGCCAUGCUGCUGCUGCUGCUUUGCCAUGCAAAGACAUCAACAUAGAGAAAAUCCACAGCCAGUACCAAGAAGUCCAUAAAUACAAGCUUUGUACUAUUGAAAAGACUGCCUGAAGAUCAGUGUGUGUGUUUGGAAGCAUCACUUGCCUGGUAUGCUUUUCCAUGCUUAAUUUCUUUCCAGAAGCAUCCUCUGUUCUCUAGCAUACAAUAAACAACUAUUCUUCCUCUAAAGAA